UGGUUGGAGAGGCUUCCGGAUUCAAUCAAGAAUUGGGAAUCUCUGAUUGAGUUGGAUAUAUCCUGGACAAGGAUCAAAGAACUGCCUGAUUCCAUGGGAAACUUGAAAAAUUUGAAACUAGUGAAGAUGACCGGGAGUUGCAUAAGCAAAAUACCUGAUGCCCUUUGGACAAUAGAGAAGCUCGAAGAAAUAAAAGCCACAGAUAACUGGUGUUUGCUUGUGAAAAUUGGCAAUGGCAUCUAUAGAGUUCCGCGGUUGAGGAUCUUGAGAUUGAAAUGUGCUCAAAUAUACACAAUACCGAAGCUUCCCGAAAGUCUUACCGAUCUCUAUCUGUCUAAAUUGGACAUGAAGACGUUUCCAGAUCUCUCAAACCUAAUUAAUUUGAAGGAAUUGGAUCUGAGGUUUGGCCCACGUAAUGAUGAUGUGAAAUCUUAUGGGCUUGUGGAAGAUCCGAUGCCAUGGUGGAUUGGGAAGUUUAGCAAACUAAAAUAUCUGGGCCUAGAGUGUGAUUAUGUGACCACCUUACCAACAGAUAUUAGUCUCCUUCCUCAACUCAAGACACUUGACCUCCACUGCUCUAAUCUACGUUGCCUCCCAAGGCUUCCCUCAAGUUUAUCAUCCUUAUUUUUACGCGAUUGCAUGUCACUUUGUUCGAUGGAUCUAUCGGAUUUGGAGAAAUUAUCAUCUCUUAUGAUUUGGUCUUGUCCAAUUUCAGAGAUUCGAGGCCUUGAUUGUUUGGAGAACCUACAAAAAUUGCAACUUUCAGACCUUGGACAAGUGAAGAUACUACCUGAUUUAAGUGAUUUAAACGAACUACGUAGUCUUGAUGUACGAAGUUGUGGUAAUCUGGUUGAGAUUCAAGGCAAACUACCACAAUCUUUGGAAGAAUUGGAGAUUCGUUCCUGUGAAUCUUUACGGAAGUUGCCUGAUCUGUCAAGCUUGAAGAGACUACAAAAGAUUGUCAUAGAAUAUUGCAUGGAAUUAAACGUAGAGGCAAUUCUUUGUUUUGCUCAGAGAAGUCAGGCAAAUUUGCGGGAGAACCUACAAAAUUUGCGGAUUUCUGACCUUGGACAGGUGGAGAAACUACUUGAUCUAAGUAAUUUAAACAAAUUAAGUAGUCUUGAUGUACGAAGUUGUGUUAAUCUAGUUGAGAUUGAAGGCGAACUAACACAGUCUUUGAAAGAAUUGGAGAUUCAUUCAUGUGAAUCUUUACAAAAGUUGCCUGAUGUGUCAAGCUUGAACAAACGGCAAAUGAUUGACAUAGAUGAUAGCACGAAGUUAAAUGUGAAGGCAAUUCAUGGUUCUGCUCGGAGAAAUCGUAGAAGAAGGGCAUCUUCGUAGAAGGAGGGCAUAUUCUUUGAAAGAAUCGGAGAUUCAUUAAUGUGAACCUUUACAAAAGUUGCCCGAUGUGUCGAGCUUGAACGAAUUGCAAAUGAUUGACAUAGAUGAUAGCACGAAGUUAAAUGUGGAGGCAAUUCUUGGUUCUGCUCGGAGAAAUCGUAGAAGAAGGGCACCUUGGUUUUGAAAGCUUCUUGAUCCACGACCAUAAAUUGAUCCCUCAUGUUCGAACUUUAAACAAACUAACAGAUUUUUCUUUGGUGCAGCAAAGUUAAAGGAAAAAGCUAAUGGAUCCUGCACUCCACAUUGAUCUGCUUGUGAUCAGUUUAUUUUCCAGAAAAGGUGUGCAUCUUAGUGGAUUUGCAAAUGUUAUGGAGAAGUUAUAAAAUGAAGAAAGAGAAAUUUCACUUGGGUAGCUGCAUUAAUAAUUAGUGCAGCAAAACUUCCAUUUAUGACAGGAGAGGAGAACCAUGUAGCUUCUCCAAGGGAGCUGUGGCUACUUGGGUAGCUUUACAAAUGUAGACCAAAUGAAGGAAGAUGAAGGAUGACAUUUAAUGUGAACUAUAUACCCUUUCACAAUCUUGGGGUGGUAAACUGUGCAUUCAUCUAUUGAGAGCCAGAAACUUGAAGAUUAGUGAGGGGAAGUCGUUACCUAUUGAUGAAAUCAUUAAAUCUAUUGAACUCGAUCUGAAGUUUCAAUUGGAUGGUUGGCCCUUUUUUUCAGAGAAAUCAUCAUAGCAGGUUAGAGGUAUUUAUUUUGCAAUUUGGGCAUCGUAAGUAAUGUGUUUGGGGGGUAAAAGGGCUAUUUAGGCAAACCAGAUUGUUUAUUCAUCUUUUUUGUGGAUGCAUGAUCAGCUACUAGGCCUAGGAAGAGAAAUCACCCGUCAAAAUGGUGGCUUGGAAGUAGAGUGGCAUGGAAAUAGAGAAGCAGAGUAGACUGUGAAAUCUCGUAGAAACAUUUGAAUU